AUGACUGACAUCUAUCCCAGNCUGCUCUCUGCCGACCUUGAGGAGGCUGAUCCUACUGUUUACAACAUCAUCCAAAAGGAGAAGAGGAGGCAAAAGCACUUUAUCAACCUGAUUCCCUCGGAGAACUUCACAUCGCAAGCUGUCUUGGAUGCUCUGGGCAGUGUUAUGCAGAACAAGUACUCGGAAGGAUACCCGGGAGCAAGAUAUUAUGGCGGCAACGAGCACAUUGACGAGGCCGAAAGACUCUGCCAGCAGAGAGCACUCCAAGCCUUCCGUCUCGACCCUGAGAAGUGGGGCGUCAAUGUCCAACGUAUGCUAUGCUUCUUAUCACUAAUCUUGGUAUACACCAGCUCACAACUUCACNNAGCCCUGUCCGGAUCACCCGCCAACCUCUACGCUUACUCGGCCCUCCUGAACACACACGACCGUAUCAUGGGUCUCGAUCUCCCUCACGGCGGCCAUUUGUCACAUGGCUACCAAACUCCUACCAAGAAGAUUUCGGCCAUUUCGAAGUACUUCGAGACACUACCCUACAGACUCGACGAGAAGACUGGUCUGAUCGAUUACACAAAGCUGCAUGAACUAGCCAUGCUCUACCGCCCUAAGAUCAUCAUUGCUGGCACUUCGGCCUACAGCAGAUUGAUCGACUACAAGAAGUUCCGCGAUGUAGCCGACAGCGUGGGCUCGUAUCUCCUUUCCGACAUGGCUCACAUCUCUGGUCUCGUCGCUGGCGGCGUUAUCCCCUCUCCUUUCGACUACUCGGAUGUGGUUACUACUACUACACACAAGUCACUGCGUGGUCCCCGUGGUGCCAUGAUCUUCUUCCGCAAGGGUGUCAGAAGUGCCGACAAGAAGGGCAACGAGAUCAUGUACGAUCUUGAAGGCCCUAUCAACUCCUCAGUCUUCCCUGGCCACCAAGGUGGUCCUCACAACCACACCAUCACCGCAUUGGCCGUUGCUUUGCAACAAGCUCAAAGCUCAGAGUUCAAGCAGUACCAACAGACUGUUCUCGACAACGCAAAGGCCUUUGCUUCUCGUCUCGGAAACAGCAAAGACAAGGGCGGUCUCGGCUACACAAUCGUUUCUGGUGGUACUGACAACCAUUUGGUUCUGAUCGAUCUCAAGGACAAGAACGUUGAUGGUGCUCGUGUCGAGCGUAUCCUUGAGCUUGUCGGUGUGGCUGCCAACAAGAACACUGUUCCUGGUGACAAGUCCGCUAUGAAGCCUGGCGGUCUUCGUAUGGGUACCCCUGCCAUGACAACUCGUGGCUUCCAACCUGAAGACUUCAAGCGUGUCGCCGAUGUUGUCCACCGCGCUGUUGAGAUUACUCGCAGAUUGGACGGUGUCGCAAAGGAGGCUGCUGAGAAGGCUGGUCGCAAGAACCCUGGCAGUGUUAACGCCUUCAGGGAGUAUGUUGGCGAGGGUGAGGAGAUCACUGAAGUUGUUCAGCUGAGAAAGGAGGUUGAAGACUGGGUCGGCACUUUCUCUCUUCCCUGGGACAAGUCAUGA